AUACCCACUCGCUCUGUGUCUCAGCAACCAUUAGGCCUAUCUAAGUUUCUAUCCCCUCUUUCACCAGCAACCAAAAACUCAGAAGCUCACGCACAUCCAAGCUAUCGAGGAAGGAAAGCGUAGCAAUAAUACCUAAAUGUCGGCCUUCUUUCAGAUCUGAGAAUCCUUACCCAAACCUAAGCCACCGUUCUUAGUCUCGCCUUCAACCCUGAGAAUCCUUGUUGUUUGCAUUUGCGUCUUAAUGGAGCUGUCCAGCAACCACUCAAGAUAGAGGAAGCUUCACUAUUCUGUUUUCGAUUGGGUUAUUGGUCGCGUUCUUACUCUCCGGCGUUGAUUCCAUUCUCGAACUCUUCCUCUUGCUGUGAAGCCGCAAAGCAUAAUUUUGGGUUCGAAGCUUGGCGAUUCUUCAACCUCGAAGCUUGGUGAUUCUUCAACCUCAAUUUCUGGGUUUCUGAUUCGUUGAAGUAUUGAGCUCGUGGUCAACUGGAGCAACUUGGAGUCUUGGUUCGAUUCCGAAAUCUUCAAGCUCGGAGAUGAGUGAGUCGGCGAAGGUUUUGAAAAUACCUUGGUUGCUGUUUUGGAAUGUAUUUUCAAAACAAGAUAUGGUGCUUCUCUCAUCCCACAGUAUAUGCCUUUCAUACAAGUUGGUCUGACGGCAGAUUCUCAGAAAGUCAAAUCUUUAGCUUGUAAAACGGUUACUCGCCUUCUCGAAAGUGUGAAUGGAGAUGUUGUUUCUGCACAUCUUAUAAUUGACAACAAUAUAUAUCCUCUAUUGCUUGAUUGCCUCAUUAAUGGAAAUGAACAAGUUACAACUGUAGCAACUGAAGCAAUAAAGAAUAUAGCUGGUAGUCCAGCAGGCAUAGAUAUUGUUUUCCCAGCUAAUACCAAUGAAGCUACACAUCUUGGAAAGUUGGCAUCUGAAUGCUCAUCACUGAUCAGAAGUUGAACUAGGAGUGUUGAAGAAAUUAAAAGGAGUCAUCCUGAAGAAAUUGAAAACUGCAAUAGCAUUCGAGAUUGCAAGAAUUAUAUGGAAUGGCUAUCUUCUCUUCAAAACUUUGAUGCCUCAAUUAGUUGAUAUCUCUGGAGGAUUAUCCGUUUGAAGAAUCAGAGCUGUUACAUAAUCGGCUAACUUAGUUGCUCUACAUUAGUAUAGACGUUGCUCUAGAUAGUAGUUUUUUGUCUUAUGAGUUUAUUGAGCUGAUACUCAUUAGGUUUAUGUAUGAAAAAAUUAUGGAUGUAUUUGUUGGCUGUAAUGACAGAUUCAAUACUAUAUGUCAUUUGUGUAGUUUCCAGAUUACAUCCUAAUAGA